AUGGGAUUCCAGUUACUCCUCUUUGGGCUGCCUGCCCUUGGGAUCUAUGCACUGACAUCCCACUGCCUGAGGAAGAAGCCACAUCUGCUCCACAAGCCACGCAGGUUCCCUGUUCGAUGCCGGCACGUCUCCCACCGGGGCGGUGCUGGAGAAGAGAUUGAGAACACUUUAGGAGCCUUUAGCCACGCACUGACCCAGAGGACAAACCUCUUGGAGCUUGACUGCCACUUGACAAGAGAUGGGGUUGUGGUUGUGUCCCAUGACAACAACCUGGAACGCCAGACAGGGCAUAACAUCAAGAUCAGCGAGACAGACUAUAAGGAUCUGCCACCCUAUAAGGAUUCUCUGGAGGUGACCUUUUCCCCAGGAUCCUACUCCCAUGGCAAAGACCACCGGAUUCCACGCUUGGAGGAGGUUUUCCAGAAAUUCCCUGGAGUACCCAUCAAUCUAGAAAUCAAAGAGGAUAGCGACGAACUCAUACGAAAGGUGGCAGAUCUUGUCCGAGAAUACAGUCGCUCCCACAUCACCAUCUGGGCCUCCUUUGAAGGGAAAGUACUCAAGAAAUGCUGCGCAGCUAACACAGAGAUGCCCUACAUCUUCUCCAUUAAACGUGGCAUCAUGAUCCUUCUCCUGUACUACAUAGGGCUCCUGCCAUUUGUGCCGCUGAAAGAAACCUUCCUUGAAUUUCCAUUGCCCUCCAUUAUGAACAGGACAUAUUUUCCAGUAAAAAAGGGCUGCUUUGGAGCACUGCUGGCUAAAUUUACCCACAAGGUGACCAUGCGGAGAAAGCUUUUCAAGCAUCUGGAAGACAGAGGGAUACAGGUUCUUCUUUGGGUCUUGAAUGAGGAUAAGUAUUUUGAGGAAGCCUUUAGCUAUGGAGUCUCCGGAGUCAUGACCGAUUAUCCCACCCGCCUCCGGAAGUAUCUAGACACUCACCCGCCCCUUCUCAACGAAUGAUCCGCAGUGUGGGAGAAUAGCUCCCAACUAGAAAAUGGAGGUCAGAAGAGAAGGAAAGACAUUUUGUUGGGGGUGGGGGUAAAAUAAGAAACAAAUAAACUUUACU